AUGCCGUCUCUGAUCCGCCAAUUCCGGAAACUGGCUAGUAGCCCGCCGCUCGCAAUGCCUGUGCUGGGACAGGCGCCUCGACUUGGUCUCGGUGAUGGCUUUGAGGGGGGGCUUGCCAAGCUUCAUAUUCCGAGCCAGCUGGCUUACCUCGUGACGAACGUCCUUACCCAAAGGGCGCUGGUGACAAAUAGAUUCUCGUCUUGCCAUGGCUGGUACGUACAAUUCACACACUCUUCCCCCUUCCUGACUAUGGCAGUCGUGUUUCACGCUGCGCAUUCGGUCAGACACCAGAUUUCUUUUCAAGACCCAAGUUCCGCGUCAACGUCCCCCAAGCGGGGCGCCACAUUCUCUCUACAUGACGUGGACACGGAUUCUGAAGGCGAGCUAGGCGCCCAAGCUUCCCGAGGUGACACGGGGUCCGAAGGGCCAGGAGAACAAACCAAGGGCGGCGCACCUCCGUUGGACGUGGACUUAACACACGAAGGCAAGGAUCAUAUUGAGGCAGGUCUGCAAGAUGGCAUGCUUCCUCGCGAUCUUCCUACGCGCACAGCAUUUUACGACCCCGUCGCAGAACGCCAGAUGAGUCAAACAGACGCCAAAUUGUUUUAUCAGAGGAGUCAGAUCGGUCAGCUGAGGACGGGAAGUGGUGUUUGGUCACAGGGCCACUCCACGCCGCACGGCAGCCCUAUCAUUGUUGGCUCCGAGCCUCACGAUCAUUUUGCCGGCUCGAGGGGUCUUGACCAUGCCAUAGACUCUUCUCCCUUGGGUAAAGAGAGAAGUCAGUUGCCCAAAGGGAAAUCCAUGGCUCGUGAGGACGUGAUGCUGCCGGAACCGACCUCAAGAAUCGGUCAAUCUGCCAGCGUAGAAAACUUCCCGCCUCCCCAAAGUUACCCUCUCCAAGAAGACGCGUGUGAGCUUGCAAAAGCAACAGCCCAGCUGACUUUGGAUCACGGCCCUGAUGAAGACAUGGCAUUUUCUAAUCGCUCCGCCGCCCUUGGUGCUGCCGCUUUCUCGGAUACGGAUCCGCACAUCACCGCAGAGCUCAGCUCCAUUUCCAAGAAUAUCCAAAGCAUUAUGCACCUCCGACAAAGGUACAUCAAACUCUCUCUCCAGGGAAAUGAUGACAACCCCAAGGAUGACGCAUCUUGGUUGAUUUAUCCUCCGCCUCCUCAACCAGCAUGGGGUACUGAGCACGCUCGUGCAGUGUCGUCCGCCGACGUCAUGAACAGCACCUCCAACAGCCUGAAUGGUAGCUUGGUUCUUCCACCUGCUCCUGCAGCAGACUCAGAGUCAAAAAAAACGUACAAGAAGCGGAAGCCAGGUCAAGACAUUGGUGAAGAUUUCGAUAUUAACGAUCUCCUUCCGCUUCCCUCAGUUGAUAGAAUGACAUUCAAGCUGGAUGAUAGCGGUGUGUACCAGGUUUUUGAGGAUGAGCAAGCCGAAGCGACUGGAAACCCUCUCGUCCGUGUCCCUACCAUUCGGGAGUUCUACAUGGACCUAGACCAAAUAUUGAGCAUUUCUUCUGACGGCCCGAGCAAGAGUUUUGCCUUCCGUCGGCUGCAAUACCUAGAGGGGAAAUUCAAUCUCUAUGCUCUUCUCAACGAGUACCAAGAGACCGCGGACAGCAAAAAGGUCCCUCAUAGAGACUUUUACAAUGUGCGCAAAGUCGACACGCAUGUUCAUCACUCAGCCUGCAUGAAUCAAAAACAUCUUCUUCGUUUCAUCAAGAGCAAAAUGAAAAAGUGCCCGGAUGAGGUUGUCCUUUUCCGUGACGGCCGAUAUCUUACCUUGGCAGAAGUGUUCCAGAGCAUUAAUCUGACUGCCUACGAUCUUUCCAUUGACACUCUGGAUAUGCAUGCGCACACAGAUUCUUUCCACAGAUUCGACAAGUUCAACCUCAAAUACAAUCCCAUUGGCGAGUCUCGGCUUCGAACAAUUUUUUUGAAAACUGAUAACUUCAUCAACGGACGCUAUCUAGCGGAAAUCACCAAGGAAGUUAUCGCUGAUUUGGAAUCAAGCAAGUACCAAAUGGUAGAGUGGCGCAUCUCUAUAUACGGUAAAUCACUUGACGAGUGGGAUAAGUUGGCCGCUUGGGUAGUGGACAACAAACUCUUUUCUCACAAUGUCCGAUGGCUUAUCCAAAUACCUCGCUUGUACGACGUCUAUAAAGCUAGCGGCCUCAUGGAUACCUUUGAACAGGUGGUGAAGAAUGUCUUCGAGCCCCUAUUCGAAGUUUCCAAAGACCCAUCAAGCCACCCCAAGCUGCAUAUUUUCCUGCAGAGGGUAAUUGGGUUUGAUAGUGUUGACGAUGAAAGCAAGGUUGAGCGUCGACUUUUCAAGAAGUUCCCGGUGCCCAAGGUUUGGGACUCGAAACAAAACCCUCCCUACAGCUACUGGAUCUACUACUUGUUUUCUAACAUGGCGUCGCUCAACGCGCUUCGGAAACGUCGAGGGUUCAACACAUUUGUCCUGCGGCCACACUGCGGUGAGGCUGGUGACAGCGAACAUCUGGCCGUUGCCUUACUUUGCUGCCAUAGUAUUAGCCACGGACUUUUGUUACGCAAGGUGCCACUGCUCCAGUACAUUUUCUACCUCGAGCAAAUUGGGAUAGCUAUGUCACCCCUAAGCAACAAUGCUCUUUUCUUGGCGUACGAAAGGAACCCUUUCUACCAGUAUUUCCGAAGGGGCUUAAACGUCUCUCUAUCCACAGACGAUCCACUGCAGUUUGCUUUCACAAAGGAACCGCUCAUGGAAGAGUACGCUGUGGCGGCGCAGAUUUACAAGCUGAGUCCAGUCGAUAUGUGCGAGCUUGCUAAAAACUCAGUAAAGCAGAGUGGCUUUGAAAGUGCAAUUAAGGAGCAGUGGCUGGGUCCUGCCUUCAAGCUUCCUGGCAAAGCAGGUAACGCCAUGGUUAAGACAAAUGUGCCAGACCGCCGAGAAGAAUUCAGAUAUCAAACGCUUAUGGAAGAGCGGGACAUGCUUCAAAAAUAUAUAGCAUACAGCACCAAAGGGCCAUCUGAGCCAAUGUCUAGUGUGGAUCAGCAGGCCAUAGCUCCGGCCAUUUUUGCUGGACAGCAAGAAGUCCCGCGCAACCACGUUGGUAUUGAAAAUGCAGCCAAUGUUCAAGGCCACAGCGAAAAGAUGCUCGUACCGGAUGCGCAUAGCACCCCGGCGGCUCAACAGGACGAUUUGAUAGCUUCACCUUCUAGUCUUCCGGUGUCCAGGGAAGGUUCAUGGUCUACGGAUGGCUUGAGAGAUUCUCACACCUCAGGUCAGGAUCCCAGGCUUUUCCCUGGUGUUAUUAGUCGGGGACAGACGAGCGGCAGUAGCUGCUAA